AUGGCGGAUUUCGUCCCACAACUCCAGCGUCUUCAGGCGGCAGGAAAAACUCCGACGGCGGUGGUCGAGGAGAAAGAAUUUAGGUGGUUGCCUGAGUACAGCACGAGGAUCAGAUCAAAUUUUGAGAGGAGAGGAGCGACCCGUCUCAGAGACAUGUUCACGGACAUUAGAAAGUCCGGGCAGAGGCCUAAUUGGAUUGGAGAGGGCGUUUGGGCAGAUUUGAGUAGUGCUUGGGCUACCCCGGAGUUUAUAAAAAUGAGAGAGCAGAAUAAACAGAACAGAGCCUCUGACUGCGGCGGUUUAGGAAGCUCUCUUCAUACUGGUGGAUCUGUACCUCAUACAGAACAUAGGCGGCGACUGGAUGAUUUCUUACGAGUUAGAGAAAGUCGGCAGUCCACUGGCGAGGGAUCAUCUUCUGGAUCGGCCCAUAUUUCUGAGUAUCAGACAUGGUCAGAAGUUGUUGGUGGAAGACAGAGGGGGAGGGUAUAUGGCAUGGGUUCACAAGCUUUUGCUAUUGAGGGCAGUUCAUACACCUCUGCAUUCCAUGAUCCAAGUGGAGCUGAAGAAUCUUACCGGCGGUCUAACGACGCCGUCCGGCGGUCUACGAACCAGACGACGCCAGUUUUAAACCGCCGGAAAACCGCCGGUUACAUGACCGGCGGCUUACCGGCGGUCCAACCGCCGGAAAACCGACGGUUUAAAUUCCGGUGGUUACCGGCGGCAGGAGCCGCCGGAAAACCGCCGCAACAAUAA